AUGGCCCAGAGGUCGCAGGUGCAGGAGCUCUUCCACGAGGCAGCCCAGCAGGGGCCCUUGGCCCAGCGCCGGCCUUGGUGGAAGGCUCAGCUGUCCGUGUGGGAGCCGGUGCUGUUUGGAACCUGGGACGGCGUGUUCACAUCCUGCAUGAUCAACAUCUUUGGGGUCGUCCUUUUCUUGAGGACUGGCUGGCUGGUGGGGAACACAGGCGUGCUGCUGGGCGUGUUCCUGGUGUCCUGUGUCAUCCUCGUGGCCCUGGUCACCGUGCUGUCCGGCAUCGGCGUGGGCGUGCACAGCGGCGUGGGCAGCGGGGGCGUGUACUCCAUGGUCUCCUCAGUCCUCGGCGGGCAGGCCGGCGGCACCAUCGGGCUGCUCUAUGUGUUCGGACAGUGUGUUGCAGGUGCCAUGUAUAUCACCGGCUUUGCUGAAUCCAUCUCAGAUUUGCUGGGCCUCGGGGACAUCUGGGCCGUGCGAGGUAUCUCAGUGGCCGUGCUCCUGGCCUUGCUGGGGAUUAACCUGGCGGGCGUCAAGUGGAUCAUCCGCCUCCAGCUGCUGCUGCUGCUCCUGCUGGCCGUGUCCACGCUGGACUUUGUGGUGGGCUCUUUCAGCCACCUGGACCCAGAGCAUGGCUUUAUUGGCUAUUCCCCGGAACUGCUACAGAACAACACUCUGCCAGAUUACACCCCGGGGGAGUCUUUCUUCACUGUGUUUGGGGUGUUCUUCCCAGCUGCUACAGGAGUCAUGGCUGGCUUCAACAUGGGGGGCGACCUCAGGGAGCCGGCCGCCAGCAUCCCGCUCGGCUCGCUGGCAGCAGUUGGCAUCUCGUGGUUUCUGUACGUCGUCUUCGUUCUCCUGCUGGGCGCCGUCUGCACCCGAGAGGCUCUUCGCUAUGACUUCCUGAUAGCUGAGAAGGUGUCCCUGGUGGGCUUCCUCUUCCUCCUGGGCUUGUACAUCUCGUCUCUGGCCUCCUGCAUGGGAGGCCUCUACGGAGCUCCCCGGAUCUUGCAGUGCAUCGCGCAGGAGAAAGUGAUUCCUGCACUCGCCUGCCUGGGACAAGGGAAAGGACCAAAUAAAACACCUGUAACUGCCAUCUGCCUGACCAGCUUGGUGACCAUGGCCUUUGUCCUUGUGGGCCAGGUGAACAUUCUGGCUCCCAUCGUCACCAUCAACUUCAUGCUGACAUACGUGGCCGUGGACUACUCAUACUUCUCUCUGUCCAUGGACCGCUGCGGCCUCUCCCGGGUGCCUGAGCCAGUGCUCAGGGAAGGCACAGAAGCUGUCCACUGCUCUGAGCAUCUGCUCCUGGAAAAAGCUCCUACCUAUGGCUCUGAGGGCCCUGCUCGAAGCCUCUCUGAGGGCACUCUGCUGGAAUUCGCCAAGGACAUGGACCAGCUCCUGCAGCUAACCAGGGAUCUUGAGAGUAGCCAGCCCAGGCAAGGAGAGGGGGACAGGAGCCCUGAGGGUCAGAAGAUGAAAGGCAAAAAGGCUACCAAACAAACCCUACAGGACAGCUUUCUCUUGGACCUCAACUCCCCUACCUCUUUCCCUCCUGGUAGCUCUGACAGGUUGCCCACCGCCUCCUGGGAGGGGCACAGGUCCGACUGGAACAAGCAGACUUCCAGGAGUGAAGGGACUUGGCCUGGGGGACUACGUGAGGAACUUCUCCCAGAGCUGUGUAGCCAGCGGAGGCCAAGUAAAGAAGAUUUUUUCCUGAAGUCCAUGCUCCAGGAACAGAGGAGACCAACUUCUGUUUACUCCCGCAUGUGCAAUCCCUGGGUCUCCCUGUUGGGGGCUGUUGGGUCGCUUCUCAUCAUGUUUGUGAUACAGUGGGUCUAUACCCUGGUUAACAUGGGUGUUGCUGCUGUUGUGUAUGUCUACAUUGGCCGGGCCAGUCCAGGGCUUCACCUUGGAUCAGCUUCCAACUUCAGCUUUUUCCGAUGGAUGAGAUCUCUUCUGAUCCCCUCCUACAGGAGCUGGCGGUCCCCCCGGGAGCAGAUCAUCUUGGCGCCUUCCCCGGCCAGGGUUGACAUGGCAAUGACUCAGCUCACUCAGGAGAAUGCAGACUUCGCCUCUCGGGAUCGCUACCACCACUCCUCCUCCGUGAGCCGGGAACAGCUGAUGCCUCAGUACUAGAAGCAGCGCUGAGACCCUCCUGUCUCGGAGCUGACCUGUACCCAGUGGACCUACGCCCUGGGCCUUUUGUGGAGCUGCUUCUCCUCGGUAGGAAACCCCACGGCCCGUCCUCCCGCUGCCGCUUUGGACAAUGGAAAUCUGCAUUAUGGUCGGGAGCCGCACGCCCAGCCCAGGUAACGUUAGGAAGAGCUCCACCUGGACACCAAGACCGCCAGUGUGGAGAACCACAUCUCGCUGCUUCUGAGGGCCACA